UAAUAACAAAGUAUGUAAGAUUGCACGGGAAAUAUGAGCGAAUUAAGACCAAUAGUUCUUGGUAUCGGUCAUGGAUUGAAAGAUUCUCUACUUGGAAUGACUGUGCUGCUAAGAUUGAACAGCAUUCUAGAGGAAAAACAAACGGAAGACCAAUUUAAAACAGAUACGCAGUCCUCGCGAAGAACAAGGCUAAGAGGAAGGCAAAAUGACCUGGAUAAAAAGGCCGAUAGAUCUGCAGGAGCUAGAGAUAUUUACAGCAAAAUGUUGCAGUGCUGCAUGUUAAAUGGUGGAAUAUUUUGGAUGAGUAUUUUCCUCUUUGAGAAUUAUAUCCUUCCUGGACUACAAUUUUUUACUCACUUUAUAUUCAAUACACUGGUUGGAAGUGCACCCCAUCAGGGUUUAUGGCUGUGGAGAUGGAUGGGACCUUUGUUAUCAUAUUUGUUUGGUGCUUUGUGGGUGUUGCCUCUCUUCUGGCUCAGCAAGCCACUCAAUUCGUUAUGGUAUCAGGAGAUAGCUGAUUCUGCAUACCGCAACACAAGAGGAAGACCUCUUGGAUUCUUGGCUUCAUUCAAGAAAGAAAGUGUGUCAUCCCAUAUCAGUAAAACAGUAGCUGAUUUCUUCUUUAGCUUUUUGCUUCAGGUGCUCUUUCUUGUGCAGGCCAUGGUUGUAGGCUUUCUUCCAAUUGUGGGCCCUGUGGUCAGUUUGGCUCAUAUGUGUCUCCUUUAUUCUCUUUAUUCCUUUGAGUACAAGUGGGUUAAUAUGGGAUGGCCUGCUCCAAAGCGACUCACGUACAUGGAAUGUAACUGGCCGUAUUUCGUGGGAUUUGGACUCCCUCUUGCCGUUCUCACCUCACUAGCGCCUUCCAUUAUAAUCAGCGGCUGUGUGUUUGCCAUACUGUUUCCGCUUUUUAUUAUCAGUGGGAAUCAAGCAAACGUCGUAGAAACAAAUCAAGUACCAAUAAGGCUGUUUUACGUGGUAGUGCGGCUAACAAACAAAAUCUUAAUGGGAAAGUCUGUGCCAAGUAGGUCUCAAUCUGCCAGCCCUGACUCGACCGUGGGCACGUGAUGAAGGUCAGGAAAUUGGUAACCAUUUAUCUCUAGGUUACUGCGCAUAAUAGCGAGUGAAGUGAAGGAAAAGAUGCGAGAAACGAAAGAAUUGUCUCAGAAAUCAGUGAUAUAAAGUCAGGGAAGUAAUCAGCCUAAACUGAUCACGAACAUUGUUUGUCAAGACAUGGACCGAAAAAUGUCACGUAACAAAUCUCUCCAAAUGUGUGCCAUUGUGACAGCAUUGCGUGAGGUUCCCUAAAGCCACUGGAAAGGAGACAAAUGAAAGGAAAGCUGACGCAAGGACGUUUUGUCUAUACGCUAUUUUGAUAUUUUUUUCUUACCUUGGAAAACGACACCAUGAUUUUGCAAAUCAAUGAAUCAUAGCUUACGCAAAAGUGUAUAUUGUAGGAUAGUUACAAAAAAAAAAUUAAAAUGUCUGUUUAAAGAUCGAAGGUAAACGAGAAAAAUAUGGACACUAGACUAGAUCUCUAGCUAUAACAGCUGUUUCUUUUCCCCUCAGAAGAGUUUUUAUCAUGUAUUUUACAGUGAUAAGUGACAGUUUGAUGAAAAUAAUUCAUGUUUUUGAAUGACUUCAAUAAAAAAUUAUUCGACACGAAAACUUUGAUCGGUGGUC